GCAGGCUUCCCUCAGCAGGCUGACGAUGGCUCACUUCACACAUACCACUCGAGAUUGCUGUACAGUAUAAAAUAGAAGAUCAAAAGCAGAGAGGAAAAAAUGGAAUAAGGGAAUGAAAUGAAAAUUGAAAGAAAUGUAGUUGAAGGAAAGAAAGGUCUAUAAAAGGGCUGAAUCUUUUCUGAACAAGUUUGGUAAGGACAGGCAUUUGAACACUCAGUCACAUGCAGCAGAACCAGGCACAUGGAGGACAGCUGACUCCACAGAACCAGGGACUUGGGUUUAGCGAUGGAACGGAUAUGGUUGCUGUUGCUUCUAACAAUUAGAGUGCUUCCGGGGUCUGCUCAAUUUAAUGGCUACAACUGUGAUGCCAACCUCCACAGUAGAUUUCCUGCUGAAAGAGACAUCAGUGUCUACUGCGGGGUACAGGCCAUUACAAUGAAGAUUAAUUUUUGCACAGUACUUUUCUCCGGUUAUUCUGAAACAGAUCUGGCUCUGAACGGAAGGCAUGGAGAUUCCCACUGCAGGGGUUUCAUCAAUAACAACACCUUUCCCGCGGUGGUCAUUUUCAUCAUCAAUCUCAGCACCUUGGAGGGCUGUGGCAACAACUUAGUGGUAUCCACAGUUCCUGGAGUCAGUGCUUAUGGAAACACAACUUCAGUACAAAUAGGAAAUAUUUCAGGAUAUGUCGAUACUCCUGACCCACCAACAAUCAUCAGCUAUUUACCUGGGCUUCUUUACAAAUUUAGUUGUAGUUAUCCAUUGGAAUACCUGGUUAAUAAUACCCAGCUUGCUUCGUCCUCAGCUGCUAUUUCUGUGAGAGAGAACAAUGGUACAUUUGUCAGCACUUUGAACCUGCUCCUUUAUAAUGAUUCAACCUACAGCCAGCAGUUAAUUAUCCCGAGUAUAGGAUUACCUUUAAAAACCAAAGUAUUUGCAGCCGUACAAGCCACUAAUCUGGAUGGCAGAUGGAAUGUCUUAAUGGAUUAUUGCUACACGACCCCAUCAGGGAACCCCAACGAUGAUAUUCGGUACGAUCUCUUCCUUAGCUGUGACAAAGAUCCUCAGACCACAGUCAUUGAAAAUGGCAGAAGCCAGCAGGGCCGGUUUUCCUUUGAAGUAUUCCGAUUUGUGAAGCACAAGAAUCAGAAAAUGUCCACUGUCUUCCUGCACUGUGUUACGAAGCUCUGCAGAGCUGAUGACUGCCCCUUCCUUAUGCCAAUUUGCAGCCACAGAGAAAGGAGAGAUGCGGGGAGGAGGACCACUUGGAGCCCCCGGAGCACUUCGGGAAACGCUGUCCUCUCUGUGGGUCCCAUCAUUACUCGGAGCGAUGAGACUCCAACCAACAAUUCACAGCUUGGUUCUCCAAAUGAACCUCCUUUCCAGCUGAACGCCGUCACCAGUGCAUUGAUAUCAGGAAAUGUCAUUCUGGGAGUCAUGAGCUUUUCCCUGCUCCUGUGCUCACUGGCCCUCCUACACAGGAAGGCACCCACCAGUUUGGUGUUGAACAGCAUAAGAAACCCAGUCUUUGACUGAUUGUAACAGGUCCCUGCUCUUGAGAGAAGGCUCACUGACCAUAACAUGUGUGACUGCAGUCAAUGUUCCAUCUGAAUUGAAUGCUAGCCAACAUUUGAUAUUUGUAGAUUUGGUAGAUUUCACAGUGUAGCUCUUUAGCUUAACAAUAGUGAAAGCAUUUUGAUAAUAUUGCUCUUGUCACUUAUGUAUACGGUCAGCCGUAUUUGUAUGGCACCAAUGGGUACAAUGACAAUAAGCACACAAUAUUCAGGACUUAAGUCUUACAGGAUCAGUCAUAUUUUAUUUUACUUCAGUUUUAUUUUGCUUUGGUUAUAGAGAUAAAAGAUAGGUAUAGAAAAAAUGGAAUUUGUUAUAUAUUUUAUCCCCAAGCAUUAAAACUCAAGGUAAUGCCAUUUAGAUUUGCAUACGUGGUCCUAAAAUAAAAGUUACUUUUUGUUUUAUUCCAGAUAAUUCUGGUUUGAGGACAUGUUUUAGUUGGACUGGCCAAUUUAGACACCUAAGAUUUAAGUACUCAUUCUAUGACCUUCUGUGUUUUUGGUCAAUUUCAAUGUCUGGCAACAUUCAUUUUUCAGAAAAAACUCUUGGGAAAUGUAUCUCAACUUGGAGCACCCAUUUGUGUAGCAAACAGUAAAAACAGCCGUUAACCUCCAAAAGAUACUAGGAGAUCCUAGAUCAUUAUGCGUUUGGCUGUGAUCAGUUUCUCCUGGUUCAAGUGCGAACAUCAGCAUGUGUUCAUUCUCCUCCCAGGUAAACAACUCAGCUGUGACAGCUGUUGUGCUUCUAGCAGUGAGGCAACUGCCAAGAUUAUUCUUAAUUCAAGAAUCAUUGCCUAGGAAAGCAAAGUGCGAUUGUGGGAAGAGGACAUUGUCUCCAAAUGCAAGCAUAGUGUUCCUCUGCAGGUUUUCAACAACCCAAAUUUAUUUUCUAGAACAAAGAAGAAACAAAUUAAGUGUGUUUUAUAGAACUUUAUUGGAGUCUUUAUUUAUUGAGAAAGAAAGUUCCUUUUUUCUACAAAUUUCUGUUGCUGGCAAAACAAAUAGUUUGGAGGAGACUUUCUUUUUCAGGUAUCUUCUUGAAGGUGUCAUAAUUACCAUAAAAUAAACAAAAUUUUCCUCUAAUGAUAAACUCCAAGAAGCAUUUGAUCCAUUAUCGGUUUUGCAAAAAAAAUUUAAAAAUCAAGU